AUGCAAGACGCAAACAACAAUCAAACGAGCUCACUCCCCUUGGCGCCGAGUAUAAACCAAGACGACAAAUCAGCCGCUGAGCUGGCAUCCAACCUGCUCAAAGGAAUGAAUCCCGAGGAUCCUGGACCGCCUGUCUUGUCGCUAGACUUUGUGAAUUGCUCGAACUUUCCAGAAGCGGGUCUAGGAUCAACGAGCAUGGCUUCGCUAGAGACCUCAGAUAAUCAAACAAAUACCCCCACUUCUGUGGGCGAGAACGAACAACCGGGGGAUGGCCCGCAGACGGAAGACUCAGCAUGCGAAGAUGACCAAGUAAUCGAACUAUUUAAGUCUUUAUUAGCUUCUGAGCUACACGAUGGCUUGCAAGCCCAAGACACUACUCCUGGCAUUCAGGGAUUUCUACGAGUGAUACAACAGCAUCUCUAUGCCGUCCAAGCUAGUGGGGCUGAGGCCUUGACAAGAGAUGUGGUUACCACACUCUCAAAGCCCGCAAACCGCGACGAAGACGACCACUUUGCCGCAACCUCCAAACGUACUUUUCGUCACCAGCUACUCAUAUGGAUGGCACAACAGCAAAGUCGCAAGUACGAUAACGGUGGGGACAUAAAUGCCCUCAACCAAGCGAUUGCUCUCUACGAGCAGUGCAUAGCCGGACCUUCCGCCCAUAGCUCUGCUGAAUCUGAUAUACUAAGUAAUCUUGGCGCCUGUCUUACUGGGCGAUUCGAGCGUCUGGGUAACCUGGAAGACAUCGACAACGCAGUCGAUUGUUUCUCGCACUUGGCUCGCAUGACUUCCGAUAGCGAUGAGAACCUUACAGCCAGAUUGGCCAACCUCGGGGCGGCAUACAUUAGUCGGUUCCAGCGCUUAGGGAGCCUGGAAGAUAACGAACAAGCAGUACAAUGCCUUAGGCAUGCAGUGUCUAUAGCACAGAAGAACGAUGAAGGACUGCCUGCCUGUCUCAACAACCUUGGAAACGCGUACCUGACACUGUAUAGAACAACGGGCAGAAUGAAUGCCAUUGACGAAGCACUCUCAGUCUUGGAGCAGGCGGUUAUCUGUACCCCAGUUGGGCAUGCUGAUUUGGCCUCUCGCUUGAACAACCUCGGAAAUGUGUAUCUGACCCGAUUCGAGCGGUUGGGCUACAUGAGCGAUCUGCAUAAGGCGAUCGAGCUACAGUCUCAUGGAGUCAAACUGACACGCAUCACGCACAAGGAUCUACCCGGUCAGCUCAAUAACCUCGGAAAUGCCCAUAUGUCCCGAUUCGAGCACUUGGGUGGACUCGAGGAUGUAGAGCAUGCAAUCGAGUGCUUGACACAGGCAGUCGUACAAACGCCCCCGCGCCAUCCAAACAUGCCCAGUCGGCUCAGUAACCUCGGAAACGCCCAUAUGUCCCGAUUCGAGCACUUGGGUAGACUCGAAGAUGUAGAGCAUGCAAUCGAGUGCUUGACACAGGCAGUCGUACAAACGCCUCCGCGCCAUCCAGACAUGCCCGGUCAGCUCAAUAACCUCGGAAACGCCCAUAUGUCCCGAUUCAAGCACUUGGGUGGACUCGAGGAUGUAGAGCAUGCAAUCGAGUGCUUGACACAGGCAGUCGUACAAACGCCUCCGCGCCAUCCAGACAUGCCCGGUCAGCUCAAUAACCUCGGAAACGCCCAUAUGUCCCGAUUCAAGCACUUGGGUGGACUCGAGGAUGUAGAGCAUGCAAUCGAGUGCUUGACACAGGCAGUCGUACAAACGCCUCCGCGCCAUCCAAACAUGCCCAGUCGGCUCAAUAACCUCGGAAACGCCCAUAUGUCCCGAUUCAAGCACUUGGGUGGACUCGAGGAUGUAGAGCAUGCAAUCGAGUGCUUGACCCAGGCAGUCGUACAAACGCCCCCGCGCCAUCCAGACAUGCCCGGUCAGCUGAAUAACCUCGGAAGCGCCCAUAUGUCCCGAUUCGAGCACUUGGGUGGACUCGAGGAUGUAGAGCAUGCAAUCGAGUGCUUGACACAGGCAGUCGUACAAACGCCCCCGCGCCAUCCAAACAUGCCCAGUCGGCUCAAUAACCUCGGAAACGCCCAUAUGUCCCGAUUCGAGCACUUGGGUGGACUCGAGGAUGUAGAGCAUGCAAUCGAGUGCUUGACCCAGGCAGUCGUACAAACGCCCCCGCGCCAUCCAAACAUGCCCAGUCGGCUCAAUAACCUCGGAAACGCCCAUAUGUCCCGAUUCGAGCAUUUGGGUGGACUCGAGGAUGUAGAGCAUGCAAUCGAGUGCUUGACACAGGCAGUCGUACAAACGCCCCCGCGCCAUCCAAACAUGCCCAGUCGGCUCAGUAACCUCGGAAACGCCCAUAUGUCCCGAUUCAAGCACUUGGGUGGACUCGAGGAUGUAGAGCAUGCAAUCGAGUGCUUGACACAGGCAGUCGUACAAACGCCCCCGCGCCAUCCAAACAUGCCCAGUCGGCUCAGUAACCUCGGAAACGCCCAUAUGUCCCGAUUCGAGCACUUGGGCAGUCGUACAAACGCCUCCGCGCCAUCCAACAUGCCCGGUCAGCUCAAUAACCUCGGAAACGCCCAUAUGUCCCGAUUCAAGCACUUGGGUGGACUCGAGGAUGUAGAGCAUGCAAUCGAGUGCUUGACACAGGCAGUCGUACAAACGCCCCCGCGCCAUCCAAACAUGCCCAGUCGGCUCAAUAACCUCGGAAACGCCCAUAUGUCCCGAUUCAAGCACUUGGGUGGACUCGAAGAUGUAGAGCAUGCAAUCGAGUGCUUGACACAGGCAGUCGUACAAACGCCCCCGCGCCAUCCAGACAUGCCCAGUCAGCUGAAUAACCUCGGAAGCGCCCAUAUGUCCCGAUUCGAGCACUUGGGUGGACUCGAGGAUGUAGAGCAUGCAAUCGAGUGCUUGACACAGGCAGUCGUACAAACGCCCCCGCGCCAUCCAGACAUGCCCAGUCGGCUCAAUAACCUCGGAAACGCCCAUAUGUCCCGAUUCAAGCACUUGGGUGGACUCGAGGAUGUAGAGCAUGCAAUCGAGUGCUUGACCCAGGCAGUCGUACAAACGCCCCCGCGCCAUCCAAACAUGCCCAGUCAGCUUAAUAACCUCGGAAGCGCAUAUAUCAGUCGCUUUGAACAUCUUGGAGAUAUACAGGACGCUGACCGGGCAAUUGAACAUCUCGCCUCAGCCACUCAGUUGCAGACCGGUCAUCCAGAUCAAUGUGCUACACUUGCAAACCUUGGUAACGCAUACUCACACAGGUUUCGACGGUUACGACGUAUAGAAGACCUAAACCAAGCCAUAAAAUGUAAAGCUCAAGCAGUAGAACUGGCCCCUAGCAAUCAUGCUAGUCUUCCAUCGCUUCUCUCUAGUCUCGGAGCGUCGUUACAACAACGCUUUGAUCAGACAGGCUGCACUCAGGAUCUAGAUAACGCCAUCAUUUGUCAUCAUGAAGCAGUCAGUCUGGCUUCUGAGAGCCAUGUCGGCUAUGCUAGUUAUCUCAACAACCUGGGUAACGCAUAUCUCGGUCGGUUUGAAGCCCAUCAUCAGCAGGAGGACAUAAAGAAUGCAGUAGAUCACUUCAAGAAGGCAACGCUAUGCACUCAGAAAGAUCAUGUUGGCCUUCCGGGUCUUCUGGCAAAUCUAUCAAAUGCUCUCAGUCAGGAGUUCGAGGCGUUUGAGGACUCAACGGUGCUGGAGCAAGCAAUCGAGGCUCAGACUCAAGCUGUAUCCUUGGUUCCUGUGGGGCAUGUAGACUACCCACGCUUUCAUUCGCAGCUAGCUCAUCUCCACAUCACCCGAAUGAAACAUCCCUCAGAUCUACUCGACAUAGCUACGGCUGCUGCUCACCUUCAAGCUGCCGCCAAGUCUAAAGUAGGACAUCCUCGUGACAGAUUUGCGGCUGCCCGUGAGGCAGCGUUUUUGAGCUCUAAGCUGUCACUGCCCGACACGAUCGAUACAUUCCAACUGGCCAUCGAUAUGAUACCCCAGCUCAUCUGGGUAGGCGCCACAGUCGACGACAGAUAUAGGGACUUACCACUUCUUGGCGACCUCACUCAGCAGGCUGCUGUUGCGGCAGUCGACGCGGGAAAUCAUAACGCUUCAGCUCCAGACCCCCUUGUCGAGCUCUCCUCCAGUCACCCAAAGCUAGCGCAAGAGCUUGAACAAACAGCUGCUGAGCUGAGCCGGGCUAGCUCGGACCCAGUACGGCCUGUUUUAGACGAACCUACGACCGGAAAUCCCCAAUCACAUCAACAAGAUCUCCGAGGGCAUCAUAUACGCAGCACUGCCGCCAAAUACGAACAUCUGCUGUCCGAGGCCAGGAGUAUCCCUGGAUUCGAGCGUUUCAUGCUGCCAAGGAAGGCCUCUGAGCUACUACAGGCCGCAAGCCAUCACCCUGUCGUAGUCGUCAACCUCCACGAGUCUCGUUGCGAUGCGCUAGCACUCAUUGCCGGAAGCUCUAACAUACAGCAUAUACCACUACCCAAUAUGACAUACGAGAAAGCAGAGAUCGCACGGAUAAGGAUCCGAUACUCACUUAAUGGGCGUGGCUUGGAAGAGCGAUAUAGUAUACGCGGUAUGAAUCGCUUAGGCGAGCAGGACUAUUUCCCUAAAGUGCUCGCUACACUCUGGACCGACCUUGUACAGCCGGUGUUACAGGCGUUGGGCUAUAUGCCACGUCGUUCAGAAGACCUCCCGCAUCUUACUUGGUGUAUAACAGGUCUGCUAUCAUUCCUUCCAGUACAUGCAGCCGGACACUAUGACCGCCCGAUGGAGAAGCUCUCAGACUAUGCUAUCACAUCCUACACCCCUACCCUCGCCGCAUUACUGCCGAGCAGCCGCACUUGCUCGACAUCCUCGCCCAGCCUGCUUACCGUGGGUCAAGCGGCUACACCCAACAUGAGUCCAUUACCUGGAACAACAACCGAACUAGCCAUUAUCAAGGAGCAUAUCCCUUCAGGAAUCAGCUGCAAGCAACUGGACGGCGAGAGCGCCGAGGUUUCGAGCGUACUCGAUGCGAUGAAGAGUUACUCAUGCGUUCACCUAGCCUGCCAUGCACAUCAGAACCUAACUCACCCAACCGAGAGCGGGUUUUAUCUUCAUGACGGCACUCUCACCCUUCGUGACAUCAUGCAACAAUCGUUCAAACACAAGCAUCUCGCGUUUCUCUCUGCGUGCCAGACUGCCAAAGGAGACGACGGGCUUCCUGACGAAGCGGUACAUCUGGCCUCGGGGAUGCUGAUGGCCGGGUAUCCGAGUGUAAUUGCCACGAUGUGGUCGAUAGCUGACGUCCAUGCUCCGACAAUCGCUGAUGAGGUAUAUGCUCGGCUGAUGAAAGAAGGGAGUAUUGGGCCAGGUGAUACGGCUAGGGCGCUUCACUAUGCGGUAGCAAAGCUGCGAGAGCAACUGAGGGCCAAGGACUUUGUGCUCUGGAUGCCGUACAUUCAUAUCGGAAUCUAG